GCACCUUAACUUUUAUUUUUCCCAUAUCAUAUGAUAUAAGAUUUGGAAGAGAUAAAUUCCAAAUAAUAAAAGUGCGAUGGAUACACGAAAGAGAAAUAAUAAGUAUGUUGUUGGUCAUCGUAACAAUUAUAAGAGACGUAAACAAUUGGUAUUAGAACCGGGUAUGACAGGAUUCUUAUGCACAUGUAAUUUUCACGAAAAAGAUUGCAUCACCGACGCCUACAAAUUGCUUAACCUGUUUGCAGAUGAGGAAUCAGACAUAAAUAAGGAGUCUGAAAUAUCAAGCACAACGAAUACACUUGAUAAAAAAGAGACUAAUAAAUCUUCAAAAAAUAAAGAUGAAGAUGAAGAUAUAUCUACUGCUCUGGAGAAAGAAAUCAAUGAACUUAGAACAGAACAUGAAAUGCCGCUAUCUUCUCGAAAAUUUCAAGUAGUAGACACAGGUGCCAAAAAUGUAAUUUUUAUAGCAAGUACCAUACCAAAUCCAUUAGAGCUAGUCACUAAAAUUCUUACCAAGUUGGAUGCAACUAAGGAACAAUAUACUAGAUAUCUAUUAAGAUUACUUCCAAUAGAAGUUAUAUGCAAAGCAUAUAUAGAUGACAUAAAAACAAAAGCGAGUGUAUUAUUCGAAAAAUAUUUUGCUCAAGAACCUAAGACAUUUAGCAUAGUGCUUAAUCGUCGUAAUAAUAACAGCAUUAAAAGAGAUGAAGUUAUUCAAAACUUAGCAGAAAUAAUUCUAAGAAAAAAUCCAGGCAACAAAGCAGACUUGAAGAAUCCAGAGAUAGCCGUGGUUGUAGAAAUUAUUUGUGGAAUCUGCUUAUUUUCUAUUGCUCCAAAUUAUUAUAAAUUUAAGAAAUAUAAUCUUCAUGAAAUAUGCAAUAGUACAAAGGAAAAGAUAAUUUCCAAUAAAGAAGCAACAAAAAUAAUAAAUGAAAAAAAUGAAGGAGAUUUAGAUACAGUUAUAUCAAGUACGCAAGAAGUGGAAAAAUCUACUGACAAAAGUUUGAAUACUUUGGAAAUGGAAAGAAAAGAACAAACAAAUUAAAUUUAAUGCUUAAAAUAAACCUGUGAUACAUGUAUAAAAUACAUAUAUAUUUAUAAUUACUGUGUGUGCAUUUGUUUUAUACUUCAUAAAGAUGUAUAAACUAUUUGUAAAUAAACAUUACACAUAUA